UCGUUUGGCCACAGGAUGCCCCAUCCCAGCACCCCGUCCAGCCGGUUUGGGGUGACGCACUGCGGCCAAGCAGGCGGCACCCCAAGGCACGGGGAUGUGGUCAGGGCACGGGAGGAAGCCGGUAACGUCACCGCGCGUCACCCGGCAUGGGGAAGCCCUCACCGCAGCCGGAUGGGGCGGGUGGCUGCCGGGAGCAAGCCUGAAGUGCUCCUGUGCCUGGUCUGCGGCAGCAUGUCGACAGAAAAACUCAAGCACCACAAAAUCAUCUUCGUGGUGGGUGGCCCCGGCUCGGGGAAGGGGACCCAGUGUGAAAAGAUCGUGCAGAAAUAUGGCUACACCCACCUCUCCACGGGGGACCUGCUGCGGGCGGAGGUCAGCUCGGGCUCGGAGCGGGGCAAGAAGCUGCAGGCCAUCAUGGAGAAGGGCGAGCUGGUGCCCCUGGACACGGUGCUGGACAUGCUGCGGGACGCCAUGGUGGCCAAGGCAGAUGUGUCCAAGGGCUUCCUCAUUGACGGCUACCCCCGCGAGGUGAAGCAGGGAGAGGAGUUUGAGAAGAAGAUCGCCCCCCCCAACACUGCUGCUCUACGUGGACGCGGGGAAGGAGACGAUGGUGAAACGCCUGCUGAAGCGAGGCGAGACCAGCGGGCGGGUGGACGACAACGAGGAGACCAUCAAGAAGCGUUUGGAGACCUACUACAAGGCCACCGAGCCUGUCAUUGCCUUCUACAAGAGCAGAGGCAUCGUCCGCCAGCUCAACGCCGAGGGCUCUGUGGAGGAGGUUUUCCAGCAAGUCUGCUCCCACCUCGACAGCCUGUAGCCGAACCCCCAGCCCCGCUCCCCCGCCCCCGGCGCGCUCCGGCAGAGACAGCGGAAGCGGCUUUAUCCUGUUUUCGUGGACAGAGCUGCGGAGGAAAUUUCAAGGACAUUGUGUUUGGCUCUUUCCCGUCUCUCCCCAGUAAAGUUCACUUUAAUGAGCCCAGACUUUAUCUUUUUCUUCUGUCGCAGGAAAUGAGUUUUUCUUUCCAGAGAUUUUUUUUUUUUUUUUUUUUUCUCCCCUGUCGUCCCCCCCCCAGCCCCUCUGGAGCUGAUUAAGGGCAGGAAGCGGGUGUUUAUCCCACCGGGGCAGCGGGAUGCUGCGCUCGAAGGAAGGGAGGGAGCAUCCCCACUGCUCACCCCAGCUUCCCAAUCCACGGCCUGCAAGAAGCCUGCAGCCACGUCCUCCAGCCGGUCCCGCUUGCCCCAGUCCCGUCCCGCUUGCUGAACCCCCUUGUGCUCUGGGUGUGUGUCCCUGGAGACGCGGGCAGCAUCUGAGCCGUAUCCCGCACAUGCAUCCCUUCCCUCCGGCUCUCCCGUGGGCUGCCCGGGCCUGGGGGUGGCCGGAUUCAGACCCCACAGUGGGCCCAGCCAUGCUGGGAUGGAUUUCCACCACUUUCCUGCCUUGGCA